GCUUCCUCAUCCUUUGCCUUACCACCUACAUCUGGCUUCUUGACUUGACCUUUGCUCCUGGGAAACUCUAUGAGGUGAAGCUGGUGGCAUUCAAUAAGCACGAAGAUGGUUAUGCAGCGGUUUGGAAGGGCAAAACAGAAAAGGCACCUGCAACAGCAGUAGAUCCCCCCGUGCAGAAGGGGCCUCCGCUGCCGCCAGUCCAAGUCUAUGCCGAGUCCAACAGCUCGACCUCCAUAUGGCUCAGGUGGAAGAAACCUGACUUCACCACAGUCAAGAUUGUCAACUACACUGUGCGCUUCAGCCCUUGGGGCCUGAAAAACGCCUCUCUCGUUACCUACUACACAAGCUCGGAUGAAGACAUUCUCAUUAGUGGGCUGAAGCCUUACACCAGGUAUGAGUUUGCCGUGCAGUCCAACGGCGUUGGCAUUGAUGGACCCUUUGGCAGCGUGGUGGAGCGCUUCACAGAGCGGCCCUCCACUCCCCCGUCUGACCUGCGGCUGCACCCGCUCAACCCCUACGCUGUCCAGGUGCACUGGUGCCCCCCCGCCGAGCCCAACGGCAUCAUCGUGGAGUACCUUAUCCUGUACAAUGCCAACAACACGCAGCCUGAUGACAUGUGGACCUUGCUGACGCGAGAAGGAAAUAUCUUCAGCACUGAAGUGCACGGCCUGGAAAGUGAUACCAGAUACUUCUUCAAGAUGGGAGCAAAGACAGUCGUGGGAUCGGGUCCCUAUUCAAAUGUUAAGGAUGUGCACACCCUCCGGGAGAAGUUGUCUGAUGUUCUGGAUAUCCACUCUGUCACGGGAAUCAUCGUGGGAGUCUGCCUGGGGCUGCUCUGCAUACUCUUCUGCAUGUGUGCCAGCUUCCGCAACAGCAAGCAGAGGGAGGCCCUGCCAGGCCUGGAUUCCCAGGCAGCUGGCAACCACACCUACUACCACCGGAGCAGGCAGGGGGCGGCAGCUCCUAGUGCCACCUCGGAAUCGCAUGAGCUGGAGUCCCUCAUGUCCCCACUGACGGAGGACACACCUGUGCCCCUGGGAGACAUCACGGAACUGACGGAAGUGCACAGCCUCAUCCACACGAGCCUCCCUGAGGACAUCGUCCAUGGGAAGAGGCAGUCUUCGUGGAAUAAAUCAUCCAGCCAGCCCUGGACAAACAGCAUAGCCAGAUACGGGGACGCUAUCACAAAAGAGCCUCUCUCUGCGGUGAACGGAUCACUGAAGCUUCCUUCCAGCGCGGGACAGAAGCUUUUAUUACAAGCCCUGGUUUAUGACGCCGUGAUGAAUGAAGCACGGAAAAGCCACCCACCCGCCAGCCUCCACCAAGUGGAAGCCGAGGUCAUCGUCCAUUCUGAUUUUUCAGCCUCUGACAGAGACUACGACUCCCAGCUGCACACCCUGGAGAGCGAAGAGACAGAAGCCAAGGACCAGGAGCCUGAAGAGCUCCCCUCCGGAGAGCUGGACCUUCCUGGCUCUCCCAGCACCCGGCAGGAUGCCAGCCCAGCGUUGCUGGACAGCUCGGGCGCUUCAGAGGUUGGGGCCCAGGACGAGCUGUUGCGUACCGACAGAAAGACUAGCCAAGCGGGGCCCAUUUGCCUCCAUGGGCUCACCAAUGGCUUCCAUGAGCGUGGGGAAAGUCUGGAUUCAGUGGAGAGCGGAGAUUCGGACUCCAUCCAGGAAGGCAGGGGGGAUGUGCAGCCAGGCAAAUGCCAGUCGCUUUCCCCGGCGCUGGAGGAGGCUCCCCUCUUCAGUAACUCUGGUUUAACCAGUUCAUCCUCAGCAUCUGAGAACAUGGCAUGUGUCCACAACCAUUAA